AUGAAAAAAACCAAGGGAAAGGACUGUAAUUGCAUGUCGAUGGACAGAAUAUCGGAUUUGCCAAAGGACAUCUUGCAUAGAAUACUGUAUUUUCUCUCUCAAGAAGAUGCUGUCCGAACAUUUGUCUUGUCCAACUCAUGGCGCUACGUUUGGUGCACUCGUCCCAAUCUUGAUUUUUCCGACAUCAACUUCAAAGGUAACAAACAAGAUUUUCUAUUAACCGUUGACAAAACUUUACAACAAUACUACGAUCAAGGUUUGUCAUUGGAGAAAUUUCGCCUUUAUGCAUCGCUGCUAGGCAAAGAUUAUUCGCAUCACGAAUCGGUUUUGCUUCUCGAGAAAUGGGUCCCAUUACUCACAGGUAUGGGCGUAAAGGCGUUUUCUCUCUCUAUUAUUUCAGACCGUACUCCAGGAAUUACCGAUCUGUCGUCAGUAGUCUUUAAAGCCGAUUCACUCGAGUAUUUGCAUCUGAAUAGGUGCAAUUUGGGCCAGAAUAUUCCUGAGAAUAUACCAUUUGUGCGUCUACAAGUACUUCGUCUCCAAAAUGUCUUGAUCGAGGAAGAAAUUUUUGAAAAGAUAGUCUCGGGCUGCCCUUUGCUUACUACUAUGUGGUUUAGAGAGUGUAAGGGUUUGAAAAAUAUAAAGUUGGAGAAGAAGCUUCUCAAAUAUCUCAAGAAAUUCAGUUUUAUUAAUCGCAACACUCCAAGAAUAGACGAAUGCAUCGUUGAAAUCGAUUUCCCAAGUCUUGAGAAAAUGGAGAUUAUAGGCAGUAAGAUUAGGUUUCACAUCCAUAAGUUCGAUAAUCUAAAGACUUGGUGUCUAGACAUGGUGGAAAUAUUCUCUAGCGAUUCAAUCGAACAAUCUGAGCUAUGUAUCGAUGCCCCAAACAUAGAGUAUUUUUACUAUUCAGGAUGUUUUAUGCCAUCCGUCACUUUCGCACCAACUUCCGUGGAGUCAAUUCUGAAACUGUAUAUUCGGGAUUACGCAGGUGGUGCUCGGUUAUGGUUCCUCGGACUAAGUAAAUUGCUCCAGGCUUUACGUAAUUCCGUAGUUUUACUGAGUGUUUUCCAUCUCGCCAUUGGCAAUAUGCACGUUGAACAAGAUAUUCUAGAGCAAGACAUUAUUAAUAAUGGUGGUGGUAAUAAUAAGCCAAUUGUGGUAGAUUUUUUGAGAUUGAGUUUUGUUAAUGUACCUUCACUUGUGUCUUUUUUGAAUGGUUUGUUUCGUAUCUGUCGCCCGAGAAUCAUAUUUCCAUGCUGGUUCCCUCGAGGAAUUCAGAACAAAGAAAGGGAAAACGAGGAACUCAGUGAGUUUUGGUGCACUAUUCAAAUGAUGAGAGAGAGUGGAAGCCCGAAUCAAAUCUGGCAAGAUUUGGAGGACUUAAGUAUUGAAAGUUUCGAUAUGAGUCGAAAAAAGUAG